CUUGUGUAUACUCCCUAUUAUCAAAAUGACAGCAUACUGUUCAACGUAGUCAUGAAUGUCGUGAAUAACAAUUGCGCAAUGGAUAUAAAAUCUUGCCAAAAUACUGUACUUAACUAGGAUGAUUAAGUAAACAACAUAAUUCAACAUAGUGGUCUUAAUGGUUUGAUGAUAGUAAAUAAGCCAGUAGCACAAUGUCAGCAAUGGCUAGUCACUUGCAUGAUAUUUUUAGUACGCAAGAUAUAAUAGAAUUGGUGAAGCUUCUUCGUCAGAAUGGUGACAAAGUCUUAAGUGCUUCCAGUAAGCUCUCGUUGUCAACAAAAUUGUUACAUAGCCUGAAUGAAGCAUUCUCACUGAUUGUAGUAGAAUCUGAAGAACUGGAAACUUCAUUUCACGUGUGUAAUAGUUCCAAAAUAGACAUAUUUCGUGAUGUCAAGUUCCUACAUGAUUUUGUGCAGAAAACUAUAGGUCUGAAAGUGACGCACCACUUUUCUGACCCCAGAGUUACCAUUGACAUCUCCAAAUUUCGACAUUUAAAGUAUUUAGAACUAAAGAAAGUACCUAUUGAGUUAGUGAAGGGCUUACAGAGUAUCAGAGGUCAGUUAGAAGGUAUUGUUUGCGCCGGAAGAAAAGGUGUAUCUACAAUCAGUCAAUUAUUAGCCGUGUGUGGAGCUGAUGCUGGUGUCGGAUUUGUAUGGGCAUCCCUGAAGCAUCUAGCAUUGCCUCAUAAUGUUCUCAAAUAUCUGGACGAAUCUUUGGAAUUAGCACCUUGGCUUCAGACAUUGGAUUUAAGUCAUAACAUGAUCACUAGCGCCGAAGAGAUAUCUUGUUUGUCAAAUUUGAAGUAUGUUAAUCUAGGCUUCAAUAGGUUAGAAAGUAUACCUGCAUUUAAUAAGGCAGUGUUACAUUCAUUACAAGUCUUAGUACUGAAGAACAAUUACAUCGACAGUCUGAAUGGUCUUCAAGGUUUAGAAUGUCUGACGGAGCUAGACUUAUCAUUUAACUGUUUAACGGAGCAUUCAAUCCUUUGGCCACUUCAAAAGAUGUCCGCCCUGUUGUGGGUGUCAUUGGAAGGAAAUCCUCUGUCUUAUCAUCCGAAGCAUCGAAUGUUGGCUUUAAAACAUUUGCAUCCGAGCCUGUCGAAUAGCAAGUUUGUUUUAGACAGUAUAUUACUCUCGAAAUCAGAAAAGGCACUCGUUGCGGAAAAUCGAGUCUCCAUAAUACGCACAAAUCAAUCCGCAUCGUUGACCAGCGUGAUAUCCACGAAUACAUACGAAUCUAACGAGAGUGGAUCCGAUUAUCGAGCAAUAUCGUUAGCUGAAAACCUAGAAAGGAGUUUUACGAAAAGUAAGAAAAAGCCGAGUUUGAAAGAAGCGGUCAUCACUGAAGUCGAUCAAGAAAAUGAAGAGUUCAAGCAGCUACCCGAUGUGGUGGCGUCUUCUCAUUUAGAGGCAUCAGCCGAUCAUUUAGAGACGAAGAAGCGGAUGUUAGCCCUCCGAAAGAAGUUUGGCGAGGACAACUGGCUGAGCAGUCACGCGGGAACUUUUGUCCAAGACAUCAUGGGUCUGCAUUCCGUCUCGCAACCUGCGACGUUGCCAGCAACGAGGAUGAAGACUUUGGCGACUGAUAUUAACGUAACAUCGUCUCUUCACGAAUCUCUAAUUUACAUGAUGGAUAGUGAACAAUCUUUCGACGAAUCCGAGUCGCAAGAAAUCACAGUGCAAGCGGAAGUUGAAAAAGAGGACGUUCCUCGAGACGAAGAAACGUUACCGGACGAGUCUCCGGAAUUAGAGGAAACCACUCCUGCAACCGCGUAUGAUCCUAAAGAAGAAACUGCAGAUGUGUAUCUCGUUCACAGAAGAAAGAACGACGGCGAGAAGGAGUACGUUUUCCUGACGAUAACUCCCACAGAUAUCAAAGAGAGAGAGACGACCAAUGGAAAAGUGAGGUAUUCUUGGUCGACCAAUUCCGUGCUAUCCUGCGUCUUGGGUAGGAGCAAGUCACCUACGGUUGAUAUUAUUUUCGACACUACGCGGAAAGAUCGGGAGAAUAGGCGAUAUUUUGCGGAACUGAAUGAUGCGAAGGAAAUCGUGACGAUUAUCAGCAAACAGUUAGAAACGCGGCCGAUAUUGCUGAAAAUCUUCAAGUGCAUGAAAUGCUCGACGCAGUUCUCGCAAGACGCGGAAUAUGUGAGGCUCGCUGUCACGUCAACGACAGGUGCAAAACAAUUCAAGUGCCCCGCUUGCGGCAGCAGUUUGGUCAUCGAAACGGAGACUUUGCCCAACGCGGAUAGCCAAGCGGCGGACAAUUUCGCUGGUGCCAAUCUACAACACUCCGAAUCAUUCUCCAGUAUCGGUGGAACGGAAGGUGGAGCUAAAUCCGUCACCACUUCUCUGGUGCACUCCGAAUCUCACAUUCAAGCUCAAGUCUGCUGUUCAGCUACAAGUUUAGAAGAAUCAAGGGGCUCCACGCCAUCCGCAAAUGCGCUAACGAAGAAAUACGAGAGCGAUAUAGAAAUACUCAGCAACCCGAGCCAGAGUAGCAUCGAGGUUUUGGAUGAAACGCAGAAGACAAAUCUUACACCAAGUCGGAAGCGCUCGACUGAGGAAAGGCGCGCCGCAAUAGCUCCUUCUUUAAUAACAAUUCCGGAUGUAACGCCAGUUAUGGCAGGCCUUACAGAAAGCAGUUCUUCGGGUUCGCUGACGGACAGCAUAUGCACAGCAUAUGAAAAUAAGAUGACUAAGUCGACAAACAUUGACGCGAAGUCUCACAGCAGUGACGGAGAAAAGGAAACCGCGUUCGCUCCUGUAACAAACCUGACAUCGAUGUUGGGAGGUUUGCUCCAAAGCAUCAAGAUCGGUAGCAAUAAAAUGCUGAAAGGCGAGGAGGCCUCGAGUUUCUUCGGUAGCAGCGUGCAAUAUUCAUACAUCGAUUUUAGCAGUAUAGAUCAUAGAAUCAAGUUGCAUAUCAUCCUGAAUGUGUUCGAACAUGAGAACGAAGAAUUAGUGCUUCUGCUUAGGGCAGACAUUUUGAUGCACUCUAUGCAAGAAGCGUUUCCCGGGUGCUUAGUAUUGUCUACGUCUAAGGUUUACGUUCUUAGGAUCAAUGGGCCGGAAGGGGAGGACCCACAACGGUGGCUUCACAAGGAAAUCAGCUGGACGAUGGACAGAUUGAGAUCUUUCGUGCCAUUGCCGUUCAAACAGGGCGUCCUGAUCGAGCUGCAGCAACCUGGCAAAACUAACGAGGAGCACCUGAGCAUCACGCUGCUCUGCAUCCUGCAGGAUUUCCAGAGAACGUCGAACUUCUUAUUCUACAUCACAGAUCUGCAAUUACCUCCGGGCUGCGAAGUGGAGUUCACCGUUCCGGAACACUGCAGUACCGUGAUGCACAGUCUAUUGACGGGCACCACAAAUUAUCAGGCCGGGGACGCCGUACGAUUACUGGCGAUGUUCUCCGCCGCGGUUCUUAAACAACAGAGCGAUAUCGUCAAGCUGAAACUGUCCGGUUUGAUCGUGACGAGUACCGCAUUGGUGAUAUUGGAGGAUAACGCUCAGUGGCUAAUGCCGGACAGCGAUUGUGUGCCUUCGGUCGCCCGGGAGCAAGUUAUGAGCAAUUUGAUUGCGAUAGAACACUGUGACACCUCGUUAACUUUGAACUUCCUGGACGAGGUCGCAGGGCUCGAGGAAAAUUGGAAUUUGGAGUUCGUCUCUCCCGGCGCAGUCGAAGCUGUGAUCAGCUCGAUACAACCACCGUGGGAAGAACUGUUCUCGAUACCUUUACAGGUAACCACACGCACCACGCAGGAUAACGUGGAGAAGGUUUAAAUAUUUACAUGAAUUAAAAAAAAAUUUUUGUGGACUUUUUUUAUCGAUACAAAAAAAUUGAACAAAUUGACCGUUUCCUUGUCAAUCUAAAAGAAAUUCUCGACAAGACUCAUGUGAUCUUUGAGUGGAUUUUUUAAUCAUCUCUGAGUUUACAAACAUGAGGACGCUUUAGAAAUAUUAUACGAGAUAUAGAGGAUUGAUUACUAAUUCAGUGAUAUUUAAGGGGCUGUCGAUAGAAUCUCAACACAUGUAACCAAGUUUCCAGUGGUGCUAUAAGAGCUGGAAUGUUGUUAUUUACAAGUAUAUCUGAAUUUUCCACUUCUUUCGCGUACAUAACUUUUCAGCCUAAAAGGUUUUUCGAUAUCGCAUGCGAUGCAAUCCCUUCUAUACUUGUACAAAUUUUGGAUAUUUCGCACACUGAAUUCGGCUGUCGUUCAAUUUGACAGUUUUUUUCAUUCAACGUUAGUUCUCAUCGAGCGCCUCUGACUGUGAUAUGUAUAUUUCAAACUUUAUAUAAUAAAUAUUACGAGACUCAAAAUAUUUACUGUAGAUAUUUGUAUCGAGAUAAUAUUGUAAUUUAUAUUUUGUAACAAAGCGUGAGAUAAAUAUAAUUAUGACCUUACAAA